AGUUAAGCCUGAAGAUUUAGGAAGAGGAGAAAGCAGACAGACAGCUGUCCUGAGAAGGAAAGAGACCCCAGAUGGGGAAGAGCUGCAAGGUGGUGGUUUGCGGCCAAGCCUCAGUGGGAAAAACAUCAAUCUUGGAGCAGCUCCUGUAUGGGACCCAUGUGGUUGGUUCCGAAAUGAUAGAGACCCAGGAGGACAUCUACGUGGGCUCGAUCGAGACGGACCGCGGGGUGCGGGAGCAGGUGCGAUUCUACGACACCCGGGGCCUGCGGGAGGGCGUGGAGCUCCCCAAGCACUGCUUCUCCGGCACGGACGGCUACGUGCUGGUGUACAGCACGGCCAGCAAGGACUCUUUGAAGAGGGUGGAGCUGCUCAAGAAGGAAAUCGACAAGUGCAAGGAUAAGAAGGAGGUCACCAUUGUGGUUCUGGGCAACAAGAGCGACCUGCAGGAGCAGCGGCGCGUGGACCACGACGCGGCCCAGCACUGGGCCAAGGGCGAGAAGGUGAAGCUGUGGGAGGUGUCCGUGGCCGACCGCCGGACGCUGAUCGAGCCUUUCACCUACCUGGCCAGCAAGAUGACGCAGCCGCAGAGCAAGUCCGGCUUCCCGCUGAGCCGCAAGAACAAGGGCAGCGGCUCCAUGGACGGCUGA